AAAUCAAGACAAAGGCUUUCUGACUGACCGUGCCGUCACGCAUGUAUUUGAGAGAAGCCCCCUGAUCCUUGAAUUGAAAGAAGCUCAGACCUUCACAGCAAACCUGGAAGGUGAAACCACAGAAUUCCUCUGCCCACCUGACAUUGGUACAUGCAUGAAUAGAAACCUGCUCUAUGACAUAAGCCAUCCUCUCAACAUCUUGAGAACAAGUCUAGUAUGUGCAUUCCAGACGUUCUCCAGUGUGAGAGUGCUGGAAGAGUGCACCUUUACUGCUGUGGUCCCUGAGAUGACAGAAAGCGGCUGCGCUGGAGUCUACAGAGUGAAUGUUCACAAGACUGGGCACUCCACAGGCGCUUGGAUGCUCAGACCACACCUCCUUGGUCAUGUGGACGACUUGAUUGACAGGUAUGCAAAUGACGGAUGUGUCCUCCUAGGAGAGAGCUACCACCGGUGUUCCAUAGCAACAGACACAUUUCCCAUCAUGCACCAGCUGCUGUUUGUUGCCCCCCACGAUAAAAAUGCUGUCAACGUGGUCAGCAAGAUUUUGGUAGAUCUCAGUGGUGGAAGUUCUUGCGUACAGGUAAUGGGCCAGACCACUGAUGAGAUAGAUGAAUCUCUGAAAAGCCCUGGCAAUACAGAUGGGGAAAAGUCACUGAAAAGACGUCACAGCCAAAUCGAAGAAGUUGGCACACGGCCAAGUAACAGUGGAGGGGAAAGCAACAGGGAACGCCAUCAUCAAUGCCCUGUGUGCUUGCAAGGCAAAGUUGACAGCCGGUGUUCAGUACAGCUCAGAAGUGCAAUCGGAAAGUGGGCUACCGUUGGUCUGUGUGGUGCUGUAAAGAGGAAAACCAAAACCUAUGACAUCGUUCUGCUAUAUUUAGACCAGCUUGUUAUGCACCUUCUGAAUGUGCCAGAUAUUCGAACGCUUUGGUCUUCUGACUUCAAAAUGCUAGAUAGACACUCUAGGACACCUUUGGAAAUCAGACAAGAUGCGGUUGUGGACUUCAGUGACGUUGAGCUAGCAAGUAAGAGCAAGCACCCUCCACUGUACAUCAGGGAUGUCAGCUUCUGGGUGAAGGGUGGAUUUGAUGAGCUACACUUCAUGUCGGUUCUGCGACAAGGGACAGGCUUCCUGCUCCAGCGAGUUCUGUUGAAGGAGGUCUACCGAGACGAGGCACGAGGUGAUGCGAGUCACUGCUACCGACUGGAGUACAUGUCCCGUGACGGGGCUCUCAGCAAAGAGAAACUUGCUAGGAUACACCAGCGUGUACUGGAGCUAAUUCGACAAGAAAUGGGCCUUGUAGCAAGGUAAUGACGGCUGAGCUUUGCAGAUGUCAGUGCAACCACAAGAGGCAAUUUUAUUUGCAAUUUUCAAAAAAUGGAGAGGUUUAAGUGAAGUCGUUUCACCCAAGUUUACUACACUGCAUGAUUGGUGCAUUAAUUAAUUAAUUAAUAAACCUUGCGGGCUGCGUGAAUGAAAAAGGGGAAGGAGCUAUGUGGACAUUUUUUUUUAUCACCAGUCAGUAUAUAAAUGACCCCCCCGGGAAGCCUUAAGCGAUUCUUAUCCCUAUGAAUGGUUAAUCAAACAAACAAUUUAAUGACAAUUUUAUGUUAUCUUUGAAUUUCCAUGUCCAUUUAUAUCUGUUUUUGUAUUAUUCUUGGUUGAGUCAAUAAUUGGGUUUUUCAUUUGAGUGUAAGGAAGUGGCAGGAAUUUUUUCAGUGGUGACUUAGAGAGUAAAAUAACAAAGACAGGACAUGAGUGCGACAGUAUUUGAUUGUUAUCACACACUCAAAAUGAAAUCAGGAAACUAAAAUAAACAUGUUAGGAACAAAUGUCAAAAUUGUGAAGUAAAAUUGUAACGAUGACGAAAGUUAAAAAAAAAACACCAUCAAUAAAAUCAUGCUAAUCAGGAAUAAAGAACACAGUUCGGCAAUAAA